AAUUGUUUCGUAAAUAUGGCAACACUCAGGGGCAUUUACUACAACUUACAUUCUUUCUCUCUUGCUUAUCUGUCUCUUAACUUGUCAGUUUGCUUCUUCUCUCUCUUUCUCUCUCUCGCGACGACUUGCAGGAGAAAGCGUCCUUUGCAAGAAGACCUCGCAAUGCAGACGAGAACUGUUCAAGUGAAGAAUUUAUCAGAUCUAGCAAGUGAGAGAGAGAUUCACGAGUUCUUCUCUUUCUCAGGCGAAAUCGAGCAUAUUGAGAUCCUACGUGAAAAUGGGCAAUCAAAGACUGCAUUUGUCACAUUCAAAGAUCCUAAAGCACUUGAAAUUGCAUUGCUAUUAUCGGGAGCAACUCUAGUAGACCAAAUAGUGGGUAUAACUCCAGCAGAAAAUUAUGUGUCAGAUCGUGAAUUACAGGAAGUAAGAAGUGUGGACAAUGCACUAUCUGCUGUUCCUGCUGAAAGUACUCCAUCAAAUGUUGAGCAGGCUAAAAAUAUUCCACCUAGCAAUGGGAGAAUGUAUGUCAAUAGAGCACAAGAAGUGGUUUCAAGUGUGUUGGCAAAAGGUUCAGCUUUUCGCCAAGAUGCAGUCAAUAAGGCCAAGGCAUUUGAUGAAAAACAUCGCUUGACUGCUAGUGCAUCUGCCAAAGUAAGUUCCUUUGAUCGGAGAGUUGGGCUUACAGAGAAAUUGACAGUUGGAAUUUCAGCAGUCAAUGAGAAGGUGAAGUCUGUGGACCAAAGGCUUCAGGUUUCAGAUAAAACCAUGGCAGCAAUAUUUGCUGCAGAGAGGAAGAUAAAUGACACAGGAUCAGCUGUCAAAUCUAGCAGAUAUGUGACGGCUGGAACAGCUUGGCUAAAUGGUGCCUUUAGUAAGGUGGCAAGAGCUGGUCAGGUUGCUGGUACAAAAACCAGGGAGAAGUUCAAUUUGGCUGUUUCAAAUUUGACUGCCAAGGACUCUCCAAUUGCUGUGUAGUCAAGUAAUUGGUGUCACUAUAAGCUGCUCCAUUAGAUCUUUUGUGACAAAAAGCAUUGGACCCCCUGAAUUGCUCCAACCAUUGAGUUUGAGAAAUUGAAUGAAGAGAUUGGAGCUGCAGACUCGGUGGAGAAAGAGAAAAAUUUGUGCAGUGUUCCCUUUAUAUGCAUAUCCAUCUUUGGCUUGACGUGUGCGAUUAUUGUGAAACCAAUAUUGCUCUAUUUUUCAUAUUCUUUGAUUCCUAGAAUAUGCUUAUGGCUUCUUUGUAAUUUUAUUGUUUGCAACGUUGGUUUUAAGUCAAAAAAAGAAAAUUAAAUUUACACUGCCGGAGAAUGUCAUCAUCUCUGUGCAUCA